GGGGUUGAACUUGUCCUUCUCCCCUGACCUUCUCCCUCCAAAAGGCAUUCACAUUUUUUAAGGAUCAGCCUUUCCUCAGUGGAUGAAUUUUAGGCAAGAGAUAAUUUGUUUUGAAGAAGGGGGCUUUUUCAAAACUCCACAUUGCCUUUUUCCACAGAGCUUCUCCUGGGAAAGGGAACGUCACAUAGUAAAUAAUUUGGCAAGGUAGAGGGCAUGAACCCUCCUUAGCAAAUCUAAUGAAAGCUGCAAGCCCUCUCCUCAGAAAAAACCGCACAUAUGAGCCUGCCCCCAUACAUAAUGUCACAUAUAAUUUCACAGGGUGCAGGAGCUCUGAAGGCCAUUAUCAUUUCAAAACAGCCAGUUGAGGGUUGUUGCAUUUGAGUAGUAUGGUGUGUUCAUGUUUGGAAAUGCCUUUUGUAAGGUCGAACUUAGCCAGAAUUUUGAAGUUACUAAGGUGACUUAAGUUAACGAAUCCUUGGGAAUGCUCCCUGACAUCAGGGUUAUAAUAGAAAAGUGCAAUUUUAUACAUCUGUUACAUGCUUUAAAGACCUAGAACUCAUCUUUGUGCCUCAAAGCUAUUUCAGAGGAAAGCUUUAAAACUUAUGACAGGGCAUUUAAAAACUUUUUCUUAAACAAAUUCACAGUAGAAAAAUUAGAAAAUAAAAGUAAGUAUAAAGAGAAAAGUUCUAAUGACCUGCAAUUUUACCAUCAGAGAAAAACUUUUAAUAUUUUGAUAUAUCCUUCCAGAUUUUUCUCUAUGCAUAGUUUUUCCUAUAAAAAUAUUUUGGGAUUGAACUAUAUAUAUUAAACUUGCUUUUUUCCUUUACUGUACUAUAUUCAUUCAUUAAGUAUUUCAGUGCCUAAUAUGUUCCCGGUACUGUGGAAUCCAGUGGUAAACCAGAAAGGCAGGGUCCUAGAUUUCAUGAUGCUUACCUGCAAAUAGGGACAGCCAUAUCCUAAAACAAAAAAAUACCAAAUAUGAACCAUGGUCAAGAUAAAAACGACGUGGGCAACUUUAAGUGGGGUUUUGGAGGUAGGAGAAGCAUGUCACAGGGAGUCCCUAAGGUGAUAUUUAAGUUCUUGAAAUUCAAGGGCCCGUGCCCAGGCUGUAUAGGAACCAAGAGUGUUCUGCCAUGAGGCCAACUGGGGGGAGAAAAUUAGAUGGUAAACAUGGAGAGGGUUAGGGAUCAAGUGUACAGAACUUGGAUGUAAAGCUACUGUAAAGUUUGCAGCAGACGGUGAUAUCAAUUGGUUUGGUUUUAAAGAUCACAAAGGCAACUGUGUGAACAGACUGUAAGAAAGGAAGAACUGAAGAGACCAGUCAGGAAGCUUUUGCAGAGAUCUGAAAUGAAGAUGAUGGUGGCUCAGACCAGAAAUGCAGGUGUCUACCUUUGUUCAACUUCUAAGAGGAAAUGCCCCAACUGGGACCCACUCUUUUUCCACAUACACUCUCUCCUUCACAAAUAUAUUUAUACUCAAAAAUACCAAACAUAUUUCAGGUUAUAAACUUCUUAGAUUUUUGAAUCCCAGCUUGUGAAUACACUGGCUGUGUGACCCUGGUCAGGUAACUUCUCAGGUUCCAUCUUCUUGUCUGUGAAACGGGGAUGAGGUUUAUCUUAAACUGUUAUGAACAGCGAUUGAGAUAACAUACAUAAUGCUGGAAAUGAUGACAGUUAUUACGAUAGUCUGAAGAAACUGCACCGUGGCACAAGAAUCUAAAAAACGCAGAAAGGGUGGUUGGCUGGUUUGAAGAAAGGAAAAGGCUAUUGCUGGCAUUUUCACUAUCCCAUUGAUUCCCGCCCCUCCUCCCGGGUGUUGUGUCACUAUGGCAACAAGCACGCGCUGCGCUGCCCAGUUAUCGAUCCUCUAGCCGUUACUGACCUCGACCGCCUCACUCUCCGCUGACCAGAGACUCCCGGGCGUAUCUCAUUCACCGUGUUUCGGAUUGCUCCCCCUUGGCCCGAGGGCGAGGAGCCACGGGGCAGCAUGGCCAAAGCGGCAGGCCCCUCGCCGCUAGAGGACUUGGAUCUGAGCGGAGAGGAGGUCCAGCGGCUCACCUCCGCCUUCCAGGAUCCGGAGUUCCGGCGAAUGUUCUCCGAGUACGCCGAGGAGCUCACCGACCCGGAGAACCGGCGGCGCUACGAGGCGGAGAUCACCGCGCUGGAGCGUGAGCGCGGAGUGGAGGUGCGGUUCGUGCACCCGGAGCCGGGUCAUGUGCUGCGCACCAGCCUAGACGGGUCGCGGCGCUGCUUCGUGAACGUGUGCAGCAACGCGCUGGUGGGCGCGCCCAGCAGCCGGCCUGGCUCCGGGGCCGAGGCGCCCGGCAGCCACUGGUCUCUGCCCUACAGCCUGGCGCCCGGCCGCGAGUACGCGGGGCGCAGCGGCACCCGCUACAUGGUCUACGACGUGGUCUUCCACCCAGAUGCGCUCGUGCUGGCCCGGCGCCACGAGCACUUCCGCCACAUGCUGGACGCCACGGCCCUAGAGGCGGUCGAGAAGCAGUUCAGCGUGAAGCUGGAUCGCAGGAAUGCAAAAACCCUGAAGAUCAAGUACAAGGGGACCCCGGAGGCCGCCGUGCUGCGCACGCCCCUGCCCGGGGGCGUCCCGUCCCGUCCCGAGGGGGAGCCGGCGGGCCCUCUCCCGGAUUUCCCCUACCCCUACCGGUACCCGGCAGCCGCCGGGAACUCUGCGGCCCCCCGGCCGCAGGCGCCCUCCCCUCCCGAGGUGGCCUUGCAGCCCGCCCCCACCGAGCCGCGCUACCGCGUAGUGCAGCGCCACCACGUGGACCUCCAGGAUUACCGCUGCUCCCGGGACUCGGCCCCGAGCCCCGUGCCCCACGAGCUGGUGGUUACCAUAGAGCUGCCGCUGCUGCGCUCGGCCGAGCAGGCGGCGCUGGAGGGGACGGGAAAGCUGCUGCGCCUUGACUCGAGGAAACCCGACUACCGGCUGCGUCUCUCGCUCCCGUAUCCGGUGGACGACAGCCGCGGUAAGGCUCAAUUCAACAAGGCCCGGAGGCAGCUGGUAGUCACGCUACCCGUCGCGCUGCCAGCCGCGCGCCGGGAGCUCGCCGCGGUCCAGGAAGAGGCGGUGGGCCGGCUCGGAACUGACGGCGCAGCCUGCGCUUCCGCUCGCGACGGGGUGGCGGGACUGGCUGGGGAUCGCGCCAGGGACGGAGACCGCGAUCCCAGCCGAGCUGGGGUUACAGACGCCAGGAUCACCACCCUGGGAGCCCCCGAGGUGGCGCCUCCGCCGGCCGGCGCUGGGGAAGAUCUUACCUCAGACCUGGGGGAGCAGAACUUAAGCAGGCACGCGGUGUCGCCCCCGGGCGUCGGGGAGGAGCCGUCUCCCGGAGCAGGGAGCUUCCCUGGGGACGGCCGUAGAGACCCUCCUUGUACUGCAUCCCAGGGCCUUGACUGCGAGUCUUCGGCCGGAGGAGGGGGUGCGCGCGGAGAUCUCAGCGUGGAGACGGUUGUGGACCGGGAGGACACAGGCAGCGGGCCCUCUGACCGAGCCAUGGAUGGUCUCGGGACCGAGAACGGGGAACCUUUGUGUCCUCCUUUGCAGUGUACUCAGGAUGAAGAAUCCUUGACUCUGUUGAUUCAAGUGCCUCGGAUCCAGCCGCAAAGUCUUCAAGGGGAUUUGAGCCCCCUCCGGUACAAAUUGCGUUUCUCCACAGAAGACUUACCUUAUUCCUUCGUUUUGCAAUUUGUCCCAGAGAAUAAAUUGAGUACCAAAGAACCCGUGAUUAGCAUUUCUUCAGACAAUGCAGUGAUAGAACUGGCCAAAUCUCCAGGGAGCCAUGGACAUUGGAGAGAGUGGUAUUAUGGUUUAAACAACGAUUCUUUGGAGGAAAGGUUAUUUGUCAAUGAAGAAAAUGUUAAUGAGAUUCUUGAAGAGGUCCUGAGCUCUCCAUUCAAACAAACAAUUCCUCUAAACCAACCAUUAAUAGAAGUUCUUCAGGUUACUGAUAAUAAGAUUCAAAUUCUUGCAAAGUUGCAAGAAUGUAGUAACUCUGAUCAGCUUAAAGGAAAGGAAGAAAGAGUCAAUGAAGGAAGUCACCUAACUGAAAAAGAAAAUAUAGAACAUCUUAGCACCUCUACAACUGAUUCUGAUUCAUCUACAGCAGUUAAGUCACUAGAAAUAGAUAGCUGUGGUUCAGUUGUGUGUGUUCAACAAGAGUCUUUUGAUGUUUCUCAAAUGCUAUUUGGAAAAUGUCAACAAACUGAAUCAAAAAUGGAACCUGAAUUUAUAAAGGAAGAAAGUGCUUUGUACUCAAAUGAGGGAAAAGAUGUUAUAACUGAAGAGAAGGAAAUAGCUGGUGAUCACCUGUCUUCAUUACUGAACAAAACUACAGUUCACAGUAUACAUGAUUUUGACAGCAUAAAAGAAACCAAUAUGCAGGAUGGUAGUGUGGAGAUUACUAAAGGUCAUGUGACUCAUUGUGCAUUCAGUUUUCAGAAUUCUUUGCUAUAUGAUUUGGAUUAAUUCUAUAUAAUUUUGGAAUUUAAGUGUUAAGAGUAAAAAAUUGGGGGACCUAAAAUAGGUUCUGUUAACCAUUACCUUAAAACUAAAGGUAUUCAACAAAGUAUAAAAUUAAAGUUUGCUAUUUUGAUUCUAAUGGGGAAACUGAAGAUACUUAUUUUUUUUGCUUCUAGAGUUAAAGCAAAGUUUCCAUAAUUAUGGAGCUAAGUUUUGUGAUUCCUCUGAUAGAUGUGUAUUUUUUCUAAAGGAGGGCUAAACAUUUAGUUUUAAUAUAACCUGUAUAUACUUACUUCUGUGUUGAUUUUUGCUUCCUUUGUUUACCAUUACUUUAACAGUUUCAAAAUAAAUAUUCACUAAGUUGUAUUUGUCACACAAAGUAAUUCUCAAGAAUGCAAUUAACUAGAAAUAUAAGUAUGUGUGUUGUGGGGGGCAGAAUCUCAAAACGAUUUGUUUAAAGUCUCAUUAGGAUGUAUUUAUGCUUGAAAUAGAGCUUCUUAGAGGGAAAAGAACUUUACUAACCAAUAUUAAAGAUCUAAACAAUUACAAUACAAAUACACCAAAUGAAAUUUAUUAUUAUUGUAUCAACUGUAUUUUACUCUUCUGUCACACAAACUAUAUAUAUAUAGUAGAGGUUAAAUUAUUUAAUAAUGAUUUUGAAAAUUCAGUUUUUUAAAAGACUUUCUUGGAAGUUACUAUUGAAGUAUUAAAACUUUCAAUAUACAUUUCUAUAGAAUACAUUUAAGAAUUUUAAACAGAAAUUAUUAAAAUUUGGCAAUUUGUUCUUCUAGGAAAAGUGUCUUCAUUAUAUUAUUAUAUAAAAACAAAACAAAAGCCAGUGUUUCCUAAUCAAUUACUAACACCUAAAAUGUGAGACAAGGAGAAAAUCCUAACAGGUUUUUUCUUACAAAAAUUUUUAGGACAGCAUGAAAAAAAAUGUAUUAAGGAGUAUAUUUGUUGAUUUAAUCACUAACCCCAAGUUCAUGAGGUGAUCCAUUUCUGUUCCAAAAACAGCUACUAAUUCAGACUCUGACUUUUUUAGCUCAGUCCUUGAAAUCACCUAAUUUCUUUAGUUCUUUGAACUGGUGGUGUCAGGUCAAAGUACAAAAAACCUGUAGUCAGCCUGGUGAUUCAUCCUGAUUUACGUUUAUAACCACCAGAGAAAGUCUAGCACAAGAUUGGGCUCUGAGGGUAGUAGACAGGUAGCUCAUAAAACAAGAGAACUAUUUGCCUUAUCUUAGAUGAGCACAUGUAUUUUUCAACCACUAUGAAUCUUAAGUUGAUGCAAUAAUUUUGAAACUGUCCAUUUAAUAGUUAUCUUAGGUUGAAAUGACUAAUUGUAAUUCCUUUACACAGAAAUUGGUCUUUUAUGGGUAAUUUUUGGUUAAUUGAAUUAUGUAUUAAGGGAAACUUCUAUAAACUUCUACAUUAAAUGUGGAGUAAAUUUUAA